AUGCUUUCGCGUCAACCAUACGUGGUGGUGGGGCUUCAGUACUGCCUCCCGUAUGAGACGGUGCUUAUACUGAAGGAGAAAAUGUGGUCGCUGCACGGCAAAGCGGACAUAUACGACACGCAAGGCCAGCUCUUUUUCAAGUCCAAGGACAAAACGUUCUCGUGGCGGGACCGCAAGACCAUAUUCAACGCCCAGGACGAGCCAGUAUGCUCGCUGACGAGCAAGGCCUUCUCCCUGCACGAUGUGACCUACCUGUGCCCGGGCGCCAGUGUGGAUAAACGGGACGCUCUGCUCACUGCCCGGAGCAAGUUCUUCUCCUGGAAACCCAUCCUCAAUAUCUUUCUAAAGGGGAAUUCAUUUGACAACAAGCCAGACAUCAUUCUCAAAGGCGACUUUUUCCAACACGAGUUCACU